GGAAGAGUGAGCGAAUGAGGGAGGGUGGAACUGAGGUAGAGAGAUUCACAAAGCAUAGCCCUCACUGGGUAGACAGCAUCGCUCCGAAAACGCACUCACGAGCAAACAACAAAGAGGCUAAACACAUCAGAAUCCUUUUAGACGAUAACAGAACACACUCCUUCAGCAGAGAUGGGGCCCGGAUUGUUCUGGAACUUCCCAUCCAAGACUAGCUGCACGGUUCCACAGAGCCUGCUGCAGACAAUGUUGCUCUCCAGGAUGGCUGGCAUGAAGGAUCAGCAGUUCACCGAAGAGAAACCGCUACUGCCAGAAUCCAGGGGACAGGAAACAGAGAUGGCUAAAGGACAGUGUGUGCACGCGCUGCCCUGUGCUACGCCCUCCCCCCCCACGGCUCGCCCCCCAAAACGCUGGCAUGCGAUCGCCCGACACUGGCUCGGCCUGACGCGCCGUCGGACCAGCGGGUUCUUCCCGGAAAACUGUGAGACCUUUGUGGCAGAAGGAGAUUGGAAGGAACAUGACAUUGAAACCCCUUAUGGGAUGUUGCACGUGGUGAUCCGCGGGGCUCCCAAGGGCAACAAGCCAGCUAUCCUGACCUACCAUGAUGUUGGGCUCAACCACAAGCUGUGCUUCAGCACCUUCUUCCACAAUGAAGACAUGCAGGAGAUCACUAAGCAUUUUGUGGUGUGCCACGUAGAUGCCCCAGGCCAACACAUUGGUGCCCCCCAGAUGCCACAAGGAUAUCAGUAUCCCACCAUGGAUCAGCUAGCUGGGAUGCUUCCUAGUGUGGUGCAACACUUUGGCUUCAAGAGCAUUGUUGGAAUUGGAGUGGGGGCUGGUGCCUACAUCCUUGCCAAAUUUGCGCUGAUUUUCCCUGAUCUUGUGGAGGGUCUGGUUCUACUCAACAUCGACCCAAAUGGGAAGGGAUGGAUCGACUGGGCUGCCACAAAAUUGUCAGGACUCACUAGUACUUUACCAGACACUGUUCUGGCUCACCUUUUCAGCCAGGAAGAGCUUAUGAGCAACACAGAAGUGGUACAGACUUACCGCCAACAGAUCAACAACACCAUCAACCAGUUCAACCUACAGCUCUUCUGGAACAUGUACAACAGCCGCAGGGAUUUGGAAAUGAACCGCAGUGGCUCUGUGCUAAAUGCCAAGACCCUGAGGUGCCCGGUCAUGCUGGUCGUUGGUGACAAUGCUGUGCCCCAUCACAUCUAA